AUGUCGGUCUCUUCCAAGACUCUUCUCUUCUUCUUUUUCUUCACCGUUCUUCUUCUCGUCACCAUCGUCGAUGCUCAACGAUUCAUCGACGUGAUGAUGGCUCGAAACGAGGAGCUCAACGGACUCCUGAGCAAAAGUCGUCGUUACGCAGCCAACGGAAAUUCUCCAAUGCUCAAGAGAAACUCAUUGUUGGAUAAUCUUUAUAAUAUCGGAUAUUUUCAGUAUUGA